CCCCCCCAGGGUGUGACAUGUGCCCUCCGGCCCCCUAGCACUGCCGGCCCCGCGCCCAGCCCAGUGCCUGGCGAGAGGAGAUGGGCGCAGGACGGGGCGUCCCUAUGGCCCAGCUGGCCCUGCUCACCCUGCUGGCCCUGCCGGGCGCAGGGGCAGUGAGAGUGGAGAACAUGCUCUCGCAGGUGGCGUUCUACCAGCGCACGGACCCAGCCCAGCGGGAGGCCGGGGAGUUCAUGUUCGAGUUCGACCAGGACGAGAUCUUCCACGUGGACCUGGAGAGGAAGGAGACCGUCUGGCGCCUGCCCGACUUCGGCAAGUUCACCAGCUUCGAGGCGCAGGGCGCCCUGGGCAACAUUGCCGUGCUGAAGAAGAACAUGGAGAUCAUGAUCCAGAGGUCCAACCGCACGCGGGCCCAGAACGUGCCCCCUGAGGUGACUGUGUUUCCCGAAGACCCUGUGGCGCUGGGCGAGCCCAACGUCCUGAUCUGCUUUGUGGACAAGUUCUCCCCACCCGUGCUCAACAUGAUGUGGCUGAAAAACGGGCAGGAGGUGACGGGGGGCUUCUCUGAGACCGACUUCUACCCUCGCCAGGACAACUCCUUCCGCAAGUUCUCCUACCUGCCCUUCCUCCCCAGCCAGGGCGACUUCUAUGACUGCCGGGUGGAGCACUGGGGGCUACCCGAGCCCUUCACGAAGCACUGGGAAGUCCAGGUGCCCACCCCCGUCCCCGAGACCACAGAGACCCUGGUGUGUGCCCUGGGCCUGGCCGUGGGCAUCAUCGGCAUCAUCGCGGGCACCAUCCUCAUCAUCAAGGGCAUGAAGAUGAAUGCCGCCCGCAACCCGCGGGGCCCCUUAUAAACGUGGGGCAGAGCUGGGGCCCCCAAAUCCUUCCCAGGUGCCUUCGUGAGACCCGCUCGUGCCACCCCGGCCCCUCCAGCUCUGCCCCCAGCGUCCUGCUCUGUGUCCGUCAGUGUCAGCUGCUGUACCCAGCUGGGAGCCCCCUGGCCCCAUACCCAUGGCAAGCUAGAGACUCACCGGGGAGCAAGCCCCGCAAGCUUCCCCCACGCCCUCUACUGGGCUUGGGAGGGGGGUGCCUAUCCAGGGAGAGGGCUGCUGCCCCAUGGGGCUGGGAAUGGGGGUCACCCCUCGUCGGGGGGCAGAAGUGCCCAUGGGGCUGAUCCAAACCCCAUUGCCGUCAUGGGGAAGGUUUCUCUUGACUCCAGUGAUCACUGGAUUGGGCCCUGAGCCCGGCCCCUAUUGGCCAGAGGCUGCUGUCAGUCACUCUAGGAAAAGCCCCUCCAGCAGCCUUUGGGGCAGAUUCGGCCAUUCCAGGUCAAUGGGGUCCCCACAGGGCGGGAUCGGGCCCAUGGCUGGGGGUGGGGCAGCCCUGGUGCCCAGCUAAAGGCUCCAUCACACCCGUGUGCAGCACCCCAGGGGUCCAGCCCUGCUGAGCCCAGAGCCCAGCGUGGGGUCUGUGUGGGAAGGGCCCAGUCCCUGUAUAACCCCUGCCCCGUGUGUGUCCACAGCCCAACCGCCCCGAAUCUCUCUCUGCAGCUUUGCUAACAGCAAUAAAGUGGGUUUUUGGGA